CGUUUUCUUUUCGAGCGAACCAUCAGGGGCUAUAGCUAGCUGGGCUACCUACCCAAAGUGCGGGGAGAAGCGAAAUCAAAAGAAAAGUGUCGGAUCGGAGUGUGCAAAUGCAACAAUCAUUGUCGGUCGCCGAGUGCUGAGAAGAGAAAGAGUGCGCAAACAGGCAGGGACUAGGGACGGUUUCUUCACUUUACCACCAAUCAUUCGCCAUUCAACAGAAGAAGAAGCAUAACGAGCAAAAGUGACUGCGUGUGGUUUUUCUUCGCUGGCCUACUACGUGUAACCUUCCGGUGAUUGGACGGGUAUUACUGUCUGGUUCUUCCCUUGAAAGGUUCGUGUGCGAUUGUGUACGGGACAGUCACGGGAACUUCGAAAUUUGUGGGGGGAACGAUCCGGCGAGACCGAGAAGGAAAAAAAACCAGGACCUAAAUUAGUUUCAUCACUGCUUCCAGAUUACUGCCGGAUUUGUAGGGUUGUUACGUUGCUAAUUUGACCGAACCAUGAGUGCUGCUCCAGCUGCCCAGGCUCCGGCCCCAGCGCCGGUUCUCAAGAAGGGAAUCGUCAAGCAGGUUCUGUCCGGCGAUUCUGUGAUCAUCCGAGGCCAACCCAAGGGAGGACCCCCACCAGAGAAGCAGAUCAAUUUUGCCGGUGUGAUCGCCCCGAAACUUGCCCGCCGCCCAACCGGAAAUUCCACUGAGGUUUCCAAAGAUGAACCGUACGCAUGGGAAGCGCGUGAGUAUUUGCGCCAGCGUCUCAUCGGGCAGGAGGUGUACUUCUAUUCGGAACGUCCUCCGAACGCCAACCGUGACUACGGAUACGUCUGCCUCGGUAAGGAUGCGGCGACGUCGGAGAACAUUGUCGAAUCGAUCGUUUCCGAAGGUUUAGUGAGUGUGCGACGUGAUAACGUGCGCCAAACUCCGGAACUUACCCGCCUUAUCGAGCUGGAAGAUGCAGCCAAGGCUGCCCGAAAGGGAAAGUGGGGCGAUUCGCCUGUGGCCGACCACGUGCGAAACAUCACCUGGACCAUCGAGAAUCCGAAAUCGUUCUUCGAUCAGAACGAAGGCAAGCUCAUCAAGGGCAUCAUUGAGCAUGUCCGCGAUGGGUCCACGGUUCGUGCUUUCCUCCUGCCUGGUUUCCAACAUAUUACGCUGAUGAUGUCCGGCAUCCGUUGCAAUGGGUUCAAGCUCGAUGCGGAAGGAAAGCCGGAUACCACCGCGGAAGUUCCUUUUGCGGAGGAAGCUCGUUUCUUCGUUGAAUCCCGCCUGCUGCAACGUGAGGUCGAAAUCCGACUGGAAUCGAUUAAUAACUCGAACUUUGUCGGUACGAUCAUCUUCCCCAAGGGAAACAUUGCCGAAGCACUGCUGCGGGAAGGUUUCGCCAAGACAGUCGAGUGGAGCAUCCGGUACGUGAAGGAAGGCGUUGAUCGCCUGCGAGCUGCCGAAAAACAUGCUAAGACCAACAAAUUGCGCCUGUGGAAGGAUUAUCAAGCCCCAACGGUUACCUACAACGCCAAGGACAAGGACCUGGCCGGAACGGUGGUGGAAGUGUACAACGGAGACGCCAUCUCGGUCAAGGUGAACAAUACUCUCGUCAAGAAGGUGUUCUUCUCGAGCAUCAAGCCCCCGAGGGAUGCCGCCCGCGCUGCCGAUGAGGAAGGCAACAUUCCAGCUCGACCGAAGGGAUCCCGGCCCCUGUACGAUAUCCCGUGGAUGUUCGAGGCCCGCGAGUUCCUGCGCAAGAAGCUGAUCGGCAAGAAGGUUAACUGCAGCCUGGACUACGUGACCCCGGCCCGCGACAACUUCCCGGAGAAGUACUGCUACACCGUCAAGCUGGGCGAAACCAACAUUGCCGAGGCGCUGGUUGAGAAGGGUUUGGCCACCGUCAUCAAGUACCGACAGGAUGACGACCAACGUUCGGUGCAUUACGAUGUGCUGCGUGAGGCCGAGCGACAAGCCCAGAAGGGUCUGAAGGGUAUGUUCUCGAAGGAGGCUCCGACGCAUCGCAUCAACGACCUGACGACGGAUCAUUCCCGCAUCAAGCAUCAAUAUCUGCCCUCGUGGCAGCGUGCCCUGCGAACCGAAGCUGUCGUUGAGUUCGUGGCUAGCGGAUCCCGGUUCCGUAUCUUCUGUCCCAAGGACAGCUGUCUGGUGACGUUCCUGCUGGCCGGUAUCUCCUGCCCUCGGUCGUCUCGUCCUGCCGUUGGAAAUGCUCCGGCUCAGGAAGGAGAACCCUAUGGUGAUGAGGCCCUUUCGUUUAGCAAGGAACGCAUUUUGCAGCGCGACGUCAGCGUGAAGAUCGAAUCGACUGAUAAGGCCGCAACCAGCGUAAUCGGAUGGCUAUGGACCGAAAACAACGUUAAUUUGUCCGUUGCUCUGGUCGAGGAAGGUCUGGCCUCGGUGCACUUUACUGCUGAAAAGACGGAACAUUUCCGAGCUCUGAGCGAGGCUGAAGCCCGCGCCAAGGCCAAGCGGAAGAACAUCUGGAAGGACUAUGUCGAAAAGGUCGAGGAUGAGAACAAAGAAAAUGAGGAGGAAAAGGAAGACACCGCUGCACCUGCCGACCGGAAGGUCAAGUAUGAGAACGUUGUCAUCACCGAAGUUACUCCGGAGCUGCACUUCUAUGCCCAGCACGCCGACCAGGGAAGCAAACUGGAAGAGCUGAUGACCAAGCUGCGCCAGGACUUCCGUGCAAUGCCUCCCGUCACUGGAGCGUACAACCCCAAGCGCGGUGAAAUGUGUGCUGCGAAGUUCUCGGAGGACAACGAAUGGUACCGCGCCAAGGUUGAAAAGUUCGAAAAGGGCGGCAACGCAUCGGUCCUCUACGUUGAUUAUGGCAACCGAGAGACCGUUCCAACGACCCGUCUCGCGAUGCUUCCACCUGCCUUCCUGUCCAGCAAGCCGUACGCGCACGAGUACUGCGUGGCCCUGGUGAACCUGCCGACUGACGAGGACGACAAGGCGGACGCGCUGAAGGCCUUCGCCCAGGACACCCUGAACAAAAACCUGCAGAUGAACAUCGAGUAUCGCGUGAGCGGUGCCGAGUACGUGACCCUGUUUGAUCCUGCCGCCAAGACCGACAUCGUCAAGGAACUGAUCGCUGACGGUUUCCUGAUCGCCGAUAAGAACAAGAAAGAUCGGCGGCUGCAGAAGCUGAUAACCGAAUACAAGGAGGCUGAACAGUCUGCCCGCAAGAACCGCAACGGCAUCUGGCAGUACGGUGACAGCACCGAGGACCAGGCCGCUGAGUUCGGUCUUGGCCGCUAAAUACGGUCGGGCCCGGCGGCCCCCAAUGCGUAAAUGUAACCCCUGCCUAUUCAACAACAACAAAACAACAAAAAACACAUACACAUUUAUAAUUACGAAAAAAAAUUAUUAUCAAGAUUUUGUGACGAGAGAAAAGUGUUACACAACAGCAACAACAUGCCUACUGAUACACACACGAACACACAUAUACACACAACAAACAAACUAACACAUACACGCAUAAAUUUGCGUCAGGGAGAGAAACAGAAAAACAUUAUGAAAAGUGGUAACAAAAUCGUUUGUUUAAGAUAUUAUUCCAGUUUAUACUUUAUAUAUUUUUUAUAUAAAUUUCCUUACUCAACACUUCCAUGAUUAUCCACUAGCUAGCAGCUGCUGAUAGAGUACGAAAAGAUGAGAAAAAUCGGCGAAUAAAAACCGAAGCAAACGAGCCAAACCUCUUUUAAUUGAUCGGUUAAUUUAACAAACACAGAACUGACUCCCCUCAACUUAAAACAACAGAAAACAAUCGAAUGCAAUCAAUCAGAUGAUAGAGUUGCAGAGACAGCCUCAGAGAAAACUUGUAGAUCAACACAAAAUGCCAAUAGUUUAGUUUCACCUGCUGCAUUAGCUGAGUAAACCGUACUAGCACAAUAGAGUACCCGAACUGACUGUUUACGAAAAGGUUUCUAUCCAAUCCUUUGCUUGACACCACCAUGGUUAGAUACGCUCUACCAUAGUUCCACCAAUACUGAGUCUGACUAAAUUUUUGAAAAAAAUCGUUAGGUACAUAAUAGGAUUCACCUACUAAAUAUAAAAGUGGUUAUCAUCAUUUCGGGUCGGCUCUAAAGUAUUCCAUCUUCAAAUUGACCGAAAUGUGAUCUUUUGAAAUGAUACGAUUUGGUAGUGUCCUAGAGGUAUUUUCCUGAUUUUCGUUUUUUGAUUUCUUUAAAAAUAGAAAGUUUUCUUUAACCACGUGUGUUGUACCGUUUGCAUUUUCCUAUUGAACUCUCUCUUAACACGUACUCAAUUUUAGUGAUGUACGAAUUUGUUACCUCCCAAGACCCCACGGACUUAUUCAAAAAAAAAACUGACGCUUUUUUCUUUUAACUUGGUGCGAGUUUCGCUCAUACAAGAAAAAUUUUGAAACACGACCGUGCGCUUUUUGGUGAAGGUUUAUCAUGAUCGCUGCACGGCGCGGUGUAUUAGCUGAACUAGGAAAAAAGAGAACAUCAGUAACCAACCACACUUUAAUCGAUCGUCAAAACGUUAAAAAUAUACAAUACCGUAAUGA